AUGGAGACCACUGCGACGCAACGGCGGCAAUGUCGCAAACGGAAGAGACAGGGGCGUACGAGGCCGCCUUUGUGUCCAUAUUGCCAGCGUUCUUUCUCCCGCACGGAGCAUCUGCAGCGACACGUCAGAAGCCACACCAAUGAUAAGCCAUUCUCUUGUGGAAUUUGUUCAAAACGGUUUGGAAGAAAUGACUUGAUGGUACGCCAUAAGAGACUUGUACAUCCAGAACAAUCUCUUCCGGAACGGAGACAGGAUGAGGAAAAGGGGAAGAAAAGAAAUACACAACUCCAAACCUCGUCAAUUCCAGAUGGAAGCUCAAUGCCUGCCAUUCAUGGCCAAGACCAAAUGCCUUGGACAGAGCAACCGCUUCCAAUACCCGAGCACAACUGGGGGCCUUCAAUCCAUGCAAAUUCAAACACGCAGCAGUUUGGAGAUUUUGCACAGGACUUGGUGUCUAGUCCGAUGAUGAAUCCAUUUGAGGACCCAAUGCAAGACUUUGCUUCUUUCAUUGAGAGCAUCGGUAUGUUUGAAGAGUGGACCUCGAACGGGCUUCACUCAAUUGAUCAAUCCCUUUUGCCACCUGAUCCUAUGUGUUCUGCCGAUCCUCAAGGAGAGACCAUGAAUACAAAUCUUGCAGAGGGCGGCUCCUUCCAGGAUCCCCUUCCUGAGAAAACGCCUAUACCCAAUUUCGGGUCUCGGUUGCCAUCUCUGCAGCCAGAAAUACCCGAGGAAAGAGACCCAUCCCACGAUUCUGGUGGCACUCUGGCAUUUAAUUCACCUCGGGAUAUUCGCGAGGCUGAUUAUCAGUCCUUUCUAAAAAAGCUGGACUGUUUUCAGAGAAUAUUACCAAAUGACUUUUCUGUUCCUUCCAGAUUGACGUUAUCUCGUCUUUUCCAAGGGUUCAUCGAUGGGCUGAACGAGCACCUCCCCUUCAUCCAUACUCCAACGCUCCAGGUUGGAAGCUGUCAUCCCGGGCUUUUGCUGGCAGUUGCCGCAUGUGGCGCACAGUACCGUUUUGAGAGCAAAAAAGGUAGCAGUUUAUUUCGUGGGGCAUAUGCAAUCGUCCGAGAAAUUCUAACGCGAAAGGGCUACGGGGUAACUUCAAAUUUGCUGCCAAACUCAUUGCUUCCCUCUUUCUCCGACGGAGCCAGAUUUUGCUCCAUAGUUUCUGAUGGUUCCGAGCAGGACUUGGAUGAGCUGAUGGAGACUAUACAAAUCAUUCUACUGCUUGUGAUCCAUGUAACUUGGGGAGGCAACGCUAAAGCCGCUCAAGAGUUGAUGCCUCUCCAAAGCACUCUCGCUUCGCUUGUCCGGGAGCAUGGCCUCAAAGAGAGGACGGGGAAUUUCGAGCUAGCGGAUGAUUUAAACGAUGCGAACUGGCAUCUCUGGGCUAAAGGAGAGGUUAAUAGACGGACGAAGUUCGUUGCUUACUGUUUCCUUAAUCUUCACUCCCUCAUGUACAACAUCCCCCCGUUGAUUCUUACCUCUGAGAUUGAACUGAAUAUGCCCUGCCCCAACGGCGUUUGGACAUCGCAAAGCGCAAGUACGUGGAGACUGGCGUACGAGGAGGCGGCGAGCAAAAAUAAUAUACCUUUCCAGCAUUCGUUCUCGUUACUCUUCAAAGAGGAGCGCUCAGCCCUUGAACGGGUAACUUCCACUCCUUUUGGAAACCAUAUCCUCCUACAUGCCUUGUCUCAGCAACUUUACUUCGCUCGUCAGAUGUGUUUGCUUCCAAUCGAGCACGACCCCCAGCGACAGCGGCAAAAAGUGACGGGGAUGGAGGCAGUGCUUCAGAAUUGGAAAUCACGCUGGAAACAGACGCCAGAGUCCAGCACCGACCCACGCAACCCCGCGGGCCCUAUUGCAUUUACUUCAGCUGCCCUUCUCGGACAAGUAUACGUGCGACUGCAAUUGGAUAUCGGACCCCAUAUUGCUUUGAUAACGAGGGAUCCGUCAGCAAUCGCACAGGCUCUGAUCAGUGCACCGAGUGAUGUUACACGUGGCCCUGGGAUGAUCACCCCGCUGCUCCAUGCCGUCCAUGCUCUGUCAAUUCCUAUACAGCUCGGAGUUGAUUUCGUCGCAAAGACUUAUUCAUUCCACUGGAGCGUACAGCACUCCCUGGGCGCUCUCGAAUACACUCAUCUGCUGGCGGUGUGGCUCCAGGCUCUCCCCACGGGCAGGCCGGAGGCAUUAUCACGCCACGAGAAAAUGCUUUUCUUGUGGAUCACACGGCUACUCGAUGAGACUGACAUGGCGAUGAAAUUGCCUAUGGAAAGUCGGCUGGAAUUGACAAGAGAUCCGAGCGCUAUGAGGAAGCUGAGCUGUUCGAUUAUGCGCAUUUGGGCAAGGAGCUUCAGCGGGAAUAUAUGCUGGGGACUUGUAGAUGUAAUUGGGUUGAGUUUGAACGCAUAUGCUGAUAUAUUGGAGAAGAGAUAA